AUGUUAUUUCGGUCGUUGGUUCAACGAAUGUGUCGACGAACGAACGGAGUUAACCUGGGAUUUGGUGUCCCUAAUGACUCUGAACCGAGGCAACUCAUUCCUUUUCAGAGAUUCCCUGGCCUGAUACCACUUCUUACCGGUCUUCUUGAAAAGGGGGCGGCAAAAGGUUCCUCUGAUAAUACUUUGUCAGAGCAGCUAUCGAUUACCACUGAAAGAGUAUUCCCUGCCUUGGAACUUAUCGGAAACAAGUUCCCCUCUCCUGCUUCAAGUGAAGAUGAGCGCAUUCUAGAAUCAGUUUCAUGGCAGUUCGACAGCCCUGUAUGGGGUAUUCGUGAUCAUGCUGCAAGAACAUAUGCCACUCUCGUCGACAGAGACGAUAUACUUUCGGUCAUAUUGAAAUUAUCUGAGACAUCGAUACAUGGCCAGAACCAGCUACACGGAAUAGGUUUAUGCAUCAAAUAUCUGCUUCGACGCAUAUGUGCUGCGCCUGUAGCGUACUAUCAAUGUAAGCGAUCCAUGACACUAUUUGAUAUACAUAACGCUAAAUGUCUUUUAGCAUUACUUCCUGCCAUCGUCUCCACCACUAGACCAGUGUUCACCAAUUUAGGACGUCAUGUAUCGUCUCCUUUUACCUUGAGGGAACUCGUUGAGAUUAUCAACGACCUCUUACAGAGUGGAAUGUCAAAAGGAACUGAAGGUAAAGCGCAUUAUGUAUUUCUGUCUUUGUUCCUGGCUGACCUGUAA